GUGGAGUUGAGUCUGCUACAAUGUGAAUUAUGGUCGACCGAAAAAGAAAAUUUUAAGUGCAUAAAUACAUGUUAAAUGCUCCUGUCGGGUAGAUAUUGCGUAGAACUAAAGGUUCUUUUACCAUAUCCAAUGUUGUAAUUUUGCCUUUGGGCAACAAGCUGGCAAAUUGGGCCGGAUAGCGAGUAAGCACGCGACGGUCAUCACCAACACCCUGGGUGCGACACAGAGCCAUCAGCACCCCAGUUUUCCUUUAAAGAAGCUGAGGAAGCUCAAGUCUUGCACUCAAGGAAUGAGGCAGUCCCCCACAGAAAACCAAGAGCCUGAUGAAAUGGACACCAAGGAUGAUGACGCUACAGAGAAAAGUCCAUUGGUGGACAGUGCAGAGAAGAAGAAGGGGGAAGCUGUUGCAUCCAAUGACAUUGAUAUGGAUGGUGGACCUAGCAGAGCAGAAGGGCAACUUCGGUUUGAAGUGCAAAACUUUAGCAAGAUCAAGGACACAGUAUACAGUGAUCCAGUGAUGAUCAGAAAUCUCCAAUGGCGUAUUAUGGUGAUGCCACGGUUCUCAACAGUACAGUCUGGAGAGAAGAUGAAAAGUUUAGGGAUAUUUUUGCAGUGUACACCUGAAGGUGAAGGGUCUUCUUGGUCCUGUCAUGCCUCUGCAAAAAUCACUGUUAUCAAUCAAAAGAACCAAGAGGAGAGUUUCACAAGAAAGAUCACCCAUCUGUUCUUUCAAAAGGAAAAUGACUGGGGGUACAGCAAUUUUCUCCAGUGGCAAGAUGUUAUUGAUCCAGCAAAAGGUUACAUCAAGAAUGACACCAUUAUUGUUGAAAUAUCAGUUCAAGCUGAUGCACCACAUGGCGUUUUCUGGGACUCCAAGAAACUCACCGGCUACGUAGGACUGAAAAAUCAAGGAGCAACUUGCUAUAUGAAUUCAUUGUUACAAACACUGUUUUUCAUGAGUGAGCUUCGAAAGGCCGUCUACCAAAUGCCGACAGAAACUGACGAUAUUAACAAAAGUGUCGGGCUUGCUCUUCAAAGAGUUUUCUAUGAUUUGCAGUUCAGUGAAGAAUCUGUUGGUACAAAAAAGUUGACAAGAUCUUUCGGGUGGGAAACACUUGAUAGUUUUAUGCAGCACGACGCACAGGAGCUUUGUAGAGUGCUCCUGGACAAUAUGGAAAGUAAAAUGAAAGGAACAAUUGUUGAGGGUACCAUACCGCGUCUACUCGAAGGAGAAAUGGUUUCAUAUGUGCAGUGUCUCCAUGUCGACUACAGGUCCAACCGAAAAGAGCCGUUUUAUGAUAUUCAACUCAGUAUAAAAGGGAAGAAAAAUGUGUAUGAAUCGUUCAAAGAAUAUAUAACACCAGAAAAGCUUGAAGGGGAUAACAAAUAUGACGCAGGGGAUUAUGGGAUGCAGGAUGCAAAGAAAGGUGUCAUCUUCAAAAAGCUGUCACCAGUUUUGCAUCUGCAUCUGCUCCGGUUUCAGUACGAUCCAAUGACAGACUCGAAUUAUAAAAUUAACGACAGGUACGAAUUUCCUGAAAAGCUUGAUUUAAGCGAGUUCCUUGAGAAACCCGAAGAGACACCAUCCACAUACACUUUGCACGCUGUUCUUGUACAUAGUGGCGAUAAUCACGGGGGACAUUAUGUUGUGUAUAUCAAUCCCAAGGGUGAUGGACAGUGGUUUAAAUUCGACGAUGAUGUUGUUUCACACGCAACCAAAAAGGAAGCAAUUGAAAAUAAUUUUGGUGGACACGACGAAGACCUAACUGUGAGGCAUUGUACCAAUGCAUACAUGUUGGUAUAUGUCAGGGACAGUCACAUAGGUCAAGUAUUGCAAGAAGUACGUGACGAGGAUAUCCCUGAACAUCUCAAACGAAAGUUUCAAGAAGAAAAACGUCUUGAAGCCCAACGACGGAAGGAAAGAAGCGAAGCUCAUCUUUACAUGGACGUAGAUGUCGUUACCAGCGAUGUUUUCUACUCAUGGAACGGCAACGACCUUUUCGAUAUUGAUCGAUAUAGGAAAAUUCGUUUCAGAGUUCCUAAAAACGAAAAACUGAGUGACUUGAUGAAAAGACUAGCAAAUUUAAUGGGCUACAGCUCGCCUGAUCAACUGCGUCUUUGGCCUCUGUCAAGACGAACUAACAACACAAUUCGACCAAACUCGUUCGAUUACUCUAAUGUGGACAAGAAAAAGUUCCCAACGAUCAACGACGUAGAUGUGGCCACUCUCAGCGAACAGGAUCAAAUUCUACUAGCUUUUCUUGAAACUGUAGACCCAGAAUCAGCAGACAAAGUGUUGCCACCUUUCGACGAAAAUAACCAUGUUUUGCUAUUUUUCAAAUAUUACAAUCCAAGGACGAAAAUUAUGGCUUAUUGUGGCCAUCAUUAUGUUCCAGUCACUAAAUCACCACGAGAACUGUUUCCUCUAAUGUGUGAACGAGCAGGAUUGCCCAAGGACACAAAACUACUUUGGUUUGAGGAAAUUCGACCGGGGAUAACUGAAAAAAUUAACACAGAUAAACGAUUCGACGAGGCUGUUCAAGAUUUGAUGGAUGGUGACAUCAUUUGCUUUCAAGCAUACGAGCCUGAUCUACUCAGCUACAGCCUUCCUACUUGUGAGGAAUACUUCAGGGACUUAUCAAACCAGAUAGAUGUUAUUUUAUGCGAUAAAAACAUCCCAAAUGAUGCUGGGUUCAACGUCAAAUUGUCUUUGAGGAUGCAAUACAUGCAGCUCGCAGAAACAGUCGCAAAGCAUCUUGGGUGUGAUCCGAUGAAGCUGCAGUUCUUCAAACCACAAAUGUACAGGGAUGCGGCAGGCAGCGCUGUCAAAUGUAGCUACGAGGGCACACUUAGGGAUAUGCUAGCAAUCUUCCGAAGUCGAUCGCCGAAAAAGUUAUAUUAUCAAAUUCUAACCAUUCCAAUAAACAUCCUGGAAAAUAAAUUUCAAUUCAAAGUAACGUGGUUAAACGGAAAUCUGAAGGACGAGCAAGAACUGACUCUGUUUGUGGAAAAAGAAGGCCUUGUGUCUCAUCUGUUCAAAGAGGCCAGGCGCCAUGUUAGCUCUGCGACCGAGCAGUUUCGAUUGCUAGAGAUUGUUAGCUGUAAGGUUUAUCGUGUUGUACCAGAAGAUCAGCCGCUGGAACAACUCACGCCACAAACUCAACGAUCGUAUAGGCUAGAGGCUGUGAAUGAAGAAGACCUCACCAUUGAUGAGGAUUCUGUCAUUAUCCAAGUAGCGCAUUUCAAUAAGGAAGUGUACAACACAUUUGGGACACCGUUUCUGCUCAAACUACGAGAUGGAGAAAAAGUUGGCUCAGUUCGCAAGCGAAUUCGAGAGAAACUGGAUAUGCCUGAAAAAGAAUUCGAUAAAAUACGGUUUGCCAGAGUGCAGAUGGGGAAAGCAGAUUACUUUUCUGAUGAUGACGAUCAGCAAAUAUCAAGCAAAUGUUUCCAAUCAUCCGCCAACACGACGACAAACAGACCCUGGUUAGGCCUGGAUCACGUAAACAAAUCAUCCAAGCGAACUAGGUAUGCUUACGCAGAGAAGCCAAUUAAGAUUCAUAAUUGAAUCCAACUGUACUUAAUUGAAGAUCAGCACAUUAGAAAAUUUCUAAAUUCCCAGAGAACACCCGGCCAUUUUGCAAUGAUAGUACAGGUUUGGGUGGUUCAACUUAGCAGUGUCCGGACGAAAAGAAAAUAGUCAAUCUUGUAGGCGGAAUAUUCAAGCUUGCACAGGGAAUUUUAAUUUCGUUUAGUUUUCAGAACAAUUAAAGUAAAAAUUUAAACUUGGAUGGUCUGUUAAAACUCGAUUUAUCUGUUUUUGUUUGUACAGAGGUCUUUGACAGACUUCGUACUAUAUAUGGCGUUGUGUCGCGCGGGCGCCCGCGGUUGAAUCACCCGGAUCAAGAUAUUGCUUUGGUUAGUAGUUUCCUUCUUUGUUAUGUGAAAUUUAGAAGAUUGAUCAAAGAAUACUUAAGUUGCAACUGCAUACCUUUAAUUAAGGCUUCUCGUGUAGGAAACCUUUGUAGGCUGAGGUAUGGUGCGAUCCAUUUGAGUCUAACGUGAAAAACCGUGCUUUUAAUGCUUUGGCCUAAAUCUGGAACCCGGAAAUGUCGCUGUAGUUCAAGAAUUCUAAGGAAAAUAUUUCCUUUUUGUCUCUUUUCCUUUCUGAGAAGGCGUCUUGUGUCGAUCAUGCCGUUUUAUUGCUAGAUAUAAAGAUAGAGGGAAUCUAAUUGAUUAAUUAAUAUCAAGAAUUCGCUGACUUUUUCUCAAGCCACACGAAACCUUUGCUGCCCCGGUUUUUUGCAUAUCCUGUCCUGCAUAAUGACCUUAAUAUAUAUAGAAUAUUUAUCGAGGGAGGUUGAUUGCGUUUGCCAACCAAUCAAAUUUAAGAAAUUUCUGUCCUUUCCAAGAAAGCAUACAAGAAAAAUACCCAUGGAACCAUCUUCAUAACCUUUCCUCGCAACCCCCCUUCCUCCAUUUAACGGUGCCAACUUAUCAAUGUUUCCAUUUGUUGCAAAUUUCUCAACAUUGAAACUCUAUUCAAGUCAUUAAGUUUCCUUCAAGCAUCUUUGCCUUUUUGCAACCUCAUUUAUUAUCAAAGCUCGAAAUUGAAAAAAUCCGUCGAAAGUAUUGAUAACCUCUUACCAAUUAACUAGAUAGUUGACAACCCCAGCUGGGUGUACUUUAAUGUCUCGGACCUUCGUUUCUGGAAUUAGACAGAAUUAAGAUAGUUCUCCAAAGCAAAUUAUUUAUGUUAUUGUCCUAUUGUGGUAAGAUUAUUUUCCUAUUUGUUCGCCGAACUCUUUGAUUACUUGUACAGCAAAUAAAAUUUGUCACGUAGUUUCAGUUUUUAUGUUCUGUUGUUGGGUGUUCGUUAUCAACUUUUGCCAAGCAUUUGCAUACAAGCUUGAAGCUGUUAGUUUGAGAAAUUUCAUAUGUCGCUUCUGUAAGACUUAUCAACGAUCAUGGUAUGCAAAUUAUCAAUUAAAACUUGUCAGAUUGCAGUCUCAAUGUAAAAACAAUAGGAUAAAGGAAA